AUGGCUCGCACCAAGCAGACGGCGCGCAAGUCGACCGGCGGCAAGGCACCGCGCAAGCAGCUGGCCACCAAGGUGGCUCGCAAGAGCGCCCCGGCCACGGGCGGUGUGAAGAAGCCCCACCGCUACCGGCCUGGCACCGUGGCGUUGCGCGAGAUCCGCCGCUACCAGAAGUCCACGGAGCUGCUCAUCCGCAAGCUUCCCUUCCAGCGGCUGGUGCGUGAGAUCGCGCAGGACUUCAAGACCGACCUGCGCUUCCAGACCUCAGCUGUGAUGGCACUGCAGGAGGCCUGUGAGGCCUACCUCGUGGGGCUCUUCGAGGACACCAACCUGUGCGCCAUCCACGCUAAGCGCGUCACCAUCAUGCCGAAGGACAUCCAGCUGGCGCGCCGCAUCCGCGGGGAGCGGGCUUAG